UCACUCCGUCGUGUUAAAUUGGUGUUAGUUUUUUCUAUGCAUUGUAAGCACGAAGGGUUCCCGCUGGUAGAUGAGCCCGCCUGGUAAAGCCACGCAGAGGGAGUUCAUCCGGAGAAUUGACUGCCGCCAUGGUGCGGGAGAAAUAGCGACCAGUUCCCUCGGGGCACCCACACUGCAAGAGAACUCUAUGAGUCCAGUGUUGAGCUGAAGCCCCCCCCCCCCCAACCAAGCCUACGUCCACAGUUCCAAGAGCCUAGACACAAGUCUAGGCGCCGCUCUAGGCUAAGUGUAGCUUGAGUAGGAGGAGGGAGGAGUCGAGGGGAGUGGAGGGGUCGCGGAGUGACAUGCGUGCAUAAAGAACGACAUUAUCAACCGACUGCGAAUCCACUUUCUCCAUCCACGACGUUCUCCUAGUUGUCUGAUUCCCGAGACAGAUCCCAGACUCAUCCCUCACGUUGAUGCAGUCUCACCGUUCGGCAGACUGAAACUCGAUGCACGGGAGAAAGAGUUUGAGAGAGCGAGAAGGGUAGAAAAGAUUCGGCGGCCGUAGUAUGAUCGCCGUGACUUGUUCAAGGAUCGAGAUCAGUGUGACUAGUCUAGUGGAGGUAGAGAGAGGCAAUCGUGGCGUGUAGAGGAAGUUGAAGUGCAAGUUUGGGAUUGAGUGCUAGUGUUGUGUGCUUGGUGCCCAGUACUGUUGCAUUAGUCCCUGGUGUUAGUUUCGGGUAGCUCUGAAGUGAGGGAUUGGAGAGAGAGGUGGAAGUGGAAGUUUGGUUUCAAGUUGAGAACAGGUAUUAGGAGGCUGCGAGUGGCAGGUGAAUUUAUUGGUGAUCACCUGGGGUGAUAUGGGUAUCAUGCUGCGGGAGAGAGCUCAAGAGGCGCCCCUGAUGGUACAAAAGUGGGGGGGCUAUGUCUGCGGGGAUCUCCAGCCGGAGCCGCAACUGCCCAGCGGUUGGGAGAAGUGCCUUGAUUUGAAGUCUGGUCUCAUCUACUUCAAGGAUUGGAACUCGGGAAUUCUGACCUACAGAGAUCCACGCCAAGCGGUUCCCUCUACUGCGCAGCGCAUCGGGUUGUUGUCUAUCUCUCUCUCAUCUGAAAACGAGAAGGCCGUGAAGUCGUCCAGCAAUGCCGGUGAAGAGGUGGGCAAGAAGUUUAAGCGGACUGCAAAUACUGCUCAGGAAGAGCAGCCAGCGGGGCGCGCGUGGGCACUAACUACGGCACAGAUAGUGAGCGACUCCGAUUCUUCAGACCGCGAGACCACUUCCAUGAGCAUGGACGAAACAAACGACCAGUCUCUGGAAUUGACGCUCAACCUGCCAGGAACAGCUAUCAGGCCCUCGUCCUCCAACCAGGAGGACAGCGUAUGCACCAUGGAGAAGGUCCGCAGUGCUCUUGAGAGAUCUCAGUGGCUUAAACCCCCGCAACAUCAGAAGAAGAGAGCCGCUUGCAGCUCUGGAAACAACAUCUCCGAAACUCUCUUCACGGCACUUUCGCUCCUGUCUCCACGGCCCUCAUCCUCUCUAGAAUCCAAUUCACUCGGGCUACAAUACUCCACAUGCUCCAAAUCUGCGUCCCCAUCCACAUCCCAUUGCUCCUCCGAGGGCUUCACGUCGCCCUCCGUCAUGAGCCAUCAAGGUGACGAGGAGGAGGUGCAACAGCCACGCACUUGCGGAGACGUAGGUGUCAAGAGUCAGGUUGUACCUGAGAAGUCUGAAACCCUCGCGCAUGCAGAAGUGAUGGUGACUGUGGGAUGCAAGAGCUGCUUCAUGUAUGUGAUGCUGUCCAAGUCGCACCCUAGCUGCCCCAAGUGCGGAAACGCCGACGUGCUCCUUGAGCUCCCGUCUACCAUAUACCCCUCAUUGCCCAAGAAGCAACGAAUAACGCUUGACAGUCCUACUUGGAACUGGUGCUCUGCUUGAGUUCACACCUUUCGCUUCAAAGCAGUCAUAACCAUUCUACUCUGAUCCCUGAUUUCAUGAAACUACCAGUUGGUGAAUACCUAUCGAAUUCGAGAGCGGAUUCCAGCAUCCACAGCCAGAUUAUGCUGAGAGAGUUAAUCAGUUCCUGGAGUAUAGAGCACAACGGAUAAAAACUGAAUUCCUCCUUGACAUGGAUAUCUCUUUGCAGUUGCUGCCUCUCUGCGGACUCUUUGGGGGUUGUAGUGUUUACUGAUCACUGCAGGUCGAGCUUGCACGGAAGUCUAUGCAGUUGGCCCUCAAUAUGUCACAUGCAGACUUGAGGCUACUCUUGUGGGAGCUUGACAGCGUGAAACUAUGCCAGUUUCCGAUAUUUGUACAUUAGUACUCAUUAUAGGAGAUGAUGUUUGCGUUCCUAUCUUAGACUAGACAGGACCGACCAAAUUGGUCGAUACAGGAGUUUUAGAUACUUUCAGGUUCUCAGCUUGAGUGAUGAAAAGUUCGAGGAAUUUAAAUGUAGGCAUAUUCUUUUAGGCUGGACGAUUGAAGCCAGACAAUACAAUUGAACACAACUCUGUUCAAACUUUUCUUUA